AUGUUUUUGUUUUGUAAGAAGUUUCCUUAUAUAGCAGUUUUGGUUAUUGUCACGCUUGAUUUUGCAGGCAAUAUUAUCGACGACAACGAUCAUCAUCAACAGCUCAGCAUCGGCUCAGAAAAUAACUCGCCGGCGGCUGCUGCGUCGUCGAGAUGGAAUCCGACGCCGGAGCAGAUCACAACGUUGGAAGAGGUGUACAGAAGAGGAACAAGGACGCCUACGACAGAACAAAUCCAAGAGAUAGCAUCUCAGCUCCGUAAGUAUGGUAGAAUCGAGGGCAAAAACGUUUUCUAUUGGUUUCAGAACCAUAAGUCUAGAGAGAGACUUAAGCGACGUCGUUGUGAAGGAGCUGAUGAUGUUAACAGCGUUCAUGAACCACUCAAAGACGUCAAGGAUCCAGCAUCAGGUUGUUAUCGAGCUGAUCAGACAAAGAGCUUCCCAUCUUUUCCACACACAAACCCACAACCACAGAAUGAAUUAGUUUCGGUGAAUCUAAUCAAUAAUGAAGAUCAUGGUACGAGUGAAAAAUCUGAGAGGGCAUCAGAUGAAGGUAAAGACGCCAUGUGGAGAAAUCUUGUUGCUUCAUUUGUAACUCAAGAACUACGAGAGACUAAGAUCGACGAAGUAGAAGAAGAAGAAGAAACAAGGGAGAUGCGAACUUUAAAUCUUUUCCCGGUAAUGGAGAACCAAGAGAAAUCCGAUUGGUUUGCAGAGAAGAAGAAUACAAAAGCUAACCGAACUUGUUGCAACUAUGGUUACUUCUAUGAGUUCAUGCCUCUAAAGAACUGA